UUAUGCAACGCAAACGAGCGCCGCGUGCCCAUGUGACAACGGCCAAUGAAAUUCGAUUAUUCGAACAAAGAAAGACCGAAGCCAAAAUUUCACCGUGCGAGCUUUCAGGCGCGCAGUAAAGUUCGAAUGGACAAGGGCGAAGUACGUACUACUGGAGAAAAAAUGAAUCAUACCGUGAUUGACCAUGCCGGCGUCGAAAAAACAAGUGCUGAAAUGCCGAAAACAUCGAACAACGACGCAACAAAGGAUCCUCUACAAGCGAAACUUCCCAACGAAGAUAACGACGAUGCGAUGACGAUCGACGAUGGCGAAAUAAAUAACGACGUAACCAAUACCACCGAUCAAUUCAAGAGCCUCACGUUGGUACAGACCGACCCUUCAGUACCGUCGACGUCUGAAUCGCCAGCAGACCCAGAGCAGCCGAUAUCAAGAUUCGGAAAACGACAUCGAGGAAAUCGAGCGGGACGACGGGUUCAAGAACAGCGACGAAUUACUUUCUUAGCCCACAUGGUACUGGCUAUGGGCAACAAACAAUUUCGAUCCCCAGUACGAAGAAAUCGGCGAGGUGGUCACAGAGACGACAAUGGCCAACAAACUUCAUAAUAUUUCAUCGUAUCAAUUUAUUGUUUCUCGUUUAAUUUCAAAUACAAAUGUUUCUUAAAUUCUAAACUCUAUUUUCGUUAUAUAAUAAAAUAUUGAAAUACUGAGUUUAUGUGAAGUUAUAAUUGUUUCUCAAUUCUCAAUUCUAAUACAAA